ACUUGUUCGUCCAAACUCCGCCUGAAGGAGGACACGCCCGACCUGACUCCAGCCCCGCUCUUUGCACGACGCGAGCAUUUGUGGGUGCGCGUCCCUCUGCGCUCCAAGAGAGGCCCCCAGGAGUUGCCACGGCACCCCUGCUCGGUGGCGCGCCGCCUCGCCCGCGGGCCGCGCGCGCGCCCGGGGAGAGACACAUGGCGGGGCUCUGGGCGGCGCUCCUCGGGUCGCUGUGCGCCCUGCCGCGGGGUGCGGCGGCCGAGUGGCCCGGGUGCCAGGAGCAGAACACGGUGAUCCGAAACGCAGGGCAGGCGCUGUUUACCAACUUGCAGGGCUACGGCGCGACCAUCGGUUGCUUCCUCGACGAUUGCAUGAGCUCGGACAAGUUCGUCGCGAGCGAGAUCGACAGCUGCGCCAAGGUCUGCUUCUCGCUGCCCGAGUGCCAGCAUUGGGUCUGGGGGACCGAGGAGAGGGCGAGCAGAAGUGCUGGUUCCGGACGGGGGACGCUGGCAGGGAGGCCGGCGAGGGCUGGGUGUCGGGGGCGAAGGGCUGCCACCCGCCGGGCACGCAGGUAAUGCCCAUGGGCAACAUGGAGUGUUGGGCCGAGGGCUUCGGCUACAAUGAGUGCUGUGACGCCAAAUAUGGGCCCAACGGCAACGCACAGUGUUGGGACGGAGUGUACAACUACGACCGCUGCUGCUUCCCGAAGGAGGAGCUAUGAGGAAGGCGGCCCGCGGUGCUAGAUGCUGGCCAGCUUUCGGCGAUCCAGUUCGACGCGAAUCAGAUCUAAGCUUUGUUGCCGCCAUGCCGAGCACGAGCAAGGACGCAUAGAUGCGGCCCAAAAAAAAAACCGGCGGCCGCGAUCCCCUCCCUCCUCCUCCUUCUCCUCCUUUGUCCAUGUUUCUUCUCUCCAUUCUCCUCUCCC